AUGGCCGAACGCCUCUCGCAACGCAAGCAGAGUGGCGUCGUCGCGGUGAUGCGCUGGUUUGCCCGCGUACUGCACAAGAUUGCAAUCUCUGCCAAGCUCGCGCGCACUCCGACGGUGGCGACAUAUCCGCGUCCACGACGGCGACACAUCGUCUCGGGCGGCACGCUGGAUACAGUGGACACGAUCGACGACAUGCGGCACGUUAUCGCCGCCCUUGGCGGAUGGGAGCGACACGAGUCAGUCUACAGCUACGCCCCGACGGACGCGACUGGCACUGCGGCCGCGACGGGCAUGAGCCAAAGCCAGGCGACGGCGAGCGGGAGCGAGUGCCGCGAUAGCAACAUCAGUAUCAGCACAAGCACUGCGACGCCGUCGAUCCGCGUCGCCGCCCGGGGCACGAGGACGCGGCCGGGCAUCCUCAACUGGAAUGGCAGUGGCAAGGGCAAGGGCAAAGCUAGGGAGGCGUCGAUGUACUCCUUCUCCGAGAUCGAGGACGUGCAGGAGGUACUGGAGGAGCCAUCCGCACUGCCACCGCGAGGCGCCGAACGGCGACACGAUGAGCGCCGACAUGCCAUUUACGAAGUCCACGACGACUCCACGACCGACUCGAGCAGGGACACGGAGAUUGCGGCUCUCAUCCUCAGUCGCUCGUUCGGCUAUAGCCUGCGCCGCGCGCCCACGAACCAGACGAUCUGA